UUUUACUUGAAUACUGAACAUGCGAGGCAGAUUCCAGUGGGUUUCUUGGAAAGUGCUGCAUUCAAUCAAGUCGCCGGAGCUCUCUCGCUCGUGCUCUGGAUAUGUGUCUCGUGUCAGAUAUCUGAUGAGGUUGAAGGAGGAUGAUGAGGCGUGUCGUGAGGCACUGAAGUCCGGGAGUUUUCUGCUGUAUUAUAAUCUUGCACCACUACUGAAGAGCAACAGCAACGUUUACAAACCAGCUUUUCUGAAAGCUUCAGAUUUGGAGAAUAUGCUGAAGAAGAUUGGUAGGGACAAACACAUUGUUAGUGAGUCUGUUCUUCUGGGAUGCGAUGAAAGUGGAGAAGCACAGUUUUCACUGGAAGUGGGUGAUUUGGACCGCAGUGCUUUGGAGCGGCAGUGUGGGGGUGUGUUUGUGGACCUCACAAAAGCUUUCUUCAUGUUAUCUGGACCAGAGGCUCCUAUUGUGACAAAAGGCCAAGCUCUCAUCCGGUGGCACCAGACGAAUGGUUUCUGCAGUGCUACAGGGCAGCCCACCGUCAGGAACCAAUCCGGAAGUCACCGAAUCUGUCACAGCAGUGGGAUCACGUACUAUCCCAAAAUGUCUCCGGUGGCGAUCGUUCUUGUUUCUGAUGGGAGCAGAUGUCUGCUGGGACGACAGGCCACGUUUCCUCCAGGCCUGUACAGCGCACUCGCCGGCUUCUGCGACAUGGGGGAGUCCGUGGAUGAAGCCCUACGCAGAGAGGUGGCAGAGGAGGCGGGACUCGAGGUGGAGACCCUACAGUACUCCGGAUCGCAGCAUUGGCCGUUCCCACAAAGCUCCUUUAUGGUAGCCUGCCAUGCAACUGUGAACCCGAACAAUACGCAGGUGAGCAUAGACAAGGCAGAACUUGAGGAUGCGCACUGGUUCACUUUUAAGGAAAUAACAGAAGCACUACAGAUAAAGAAACCGCCACGCAUCUCUAAAGGAGAGCCACCCGCGUUCUGGGUGCCGCCUUCUUUUGCCAUAGCCAAUCAGCUCAUUCAGGAAUGGGCCAAUCAGCAACAACUGACAAGAAAAUAACACAAACUCAACCUGGAUAUUAUUUGCACAAUAUGCAACUACAUAAUGCAUUCAGUUACCACUUUGCCAUUUCUUUAGACUUGAAGAUGAAAUAGACAUGAAAACUUGAAGACAAAACUUGGAAUUUUAACAGGAUUCAAUUUUAAAUGACGAUUUUAGUUAGAUUGGAUAAAAAGACACUGAUUAUUGUUGUAAUUAUGAUUCAAUAACAUUUGUAAAGAGGUGUCACUGCACAUCUACCUCAUAGUACAAAUAAAAGGUUCACUCUAAAAUGUUUGAAGAAAAUAUUUUAGACACUUUCAGAGCAAUCAGAUAUUAUUUGAACAUAUAUAUUGUAGAACAACAUAAUUCAUGACAUGCUACUCUACUGCAGUGCUGAAGGAAUAAAGUGGGCGGUUGGUUAGAGUGGGCAGAAUGACGAGAAGAAUUAAUAAACAAUAACUACUAAAUGAUUCAUAUUUAUAAGAUGAAUUACAGCAGGGUGUAUUGUAUUUUUCUCAUAACUUGAAUUAAAAGUACACAAAACAACAAAAUGCUGUCAUAU